AUGGGCUACGUUCGCUCCCGCAAGUUCUGCUGCUGCAUUCCGGUCAGGUUCGGCGCAUUCAUUAUGUCUAUGCUUUACCUUGUUGUUGGCAUCGCACUCGCCGCCGCAUCAUGGUAUGGAACGCGGCAUCUUGAUGAUCUCCAUUUUUCCAAGCAACAAGAGGUCUCGCUGUACAUCACUGCUGUGUCUUGGACUCUUCUGGCUCUCAUCUCCUUGUUCGGUCUCAUUGGCACCAUAAUCAAGAACAAAUCCUACGUGUCGGCCUACUCUACCCUCGUCUGGCUUCACCUCGGCGUCAGCAUCGCCACCGGCGCCUUUUUCAUGUACAAUCUCUUUCACCGCUCAGGCGACACCGAGUCGGACGCCAUCAGUAGUUGCGAGAGCAAGAAUGGGGACGAUGAUGAUACAUGUAAGAAGGCCUUCGAGCUCGCGAGGGGGAUCAUUGUUGCUCUGCUGGUCGUGUUUUGGUUGCUUGAGCUGUGGGGCUGCCUCAUUGUUGCAGACUAUCUUGGACAGAUGGACGAAGAGGACGAGUCGAGGCAGGUUAUUUCGCCCAUGUUCGUUGGAGGGACGGCUCAGCCGCCGGCGAGCAUGCCUACAACGUUCGCCCCGAACUAUGGCGCGCAGUACGCUUUCAACGCGGCGGAGAACUCGCAUGAUGGUGGGUAUUAUAAGGGAAAUGAUGUGUAG